GACUUUAUUUAACCAGAUAAUAAAAGAGGCUGAAGAUUUUAGAAUAAAUGUCGAUACUUCGCUAAACAUUUACGUUUACACUGAUAUGGAGGCUAAUAACAACGUUAUACUUGUACCAGAUAAUCGUUCAAGCAAUAUGGAACUUAUAGACACAAUCAAAGAUUAUAACUCGGAUGUAAUUUAUGCACAGACAGGAAAUCCACUUAAUCUAGGUAUUUAUAAACGUCAAGGUAAAGAUGCCAAACUGACUUUUACUCUGCCAAUAGAAUUUAUUCUCAGUGAAAGGAAUACACCACAUACAUCUGACAAACACAUUUCACUGACAUCUACCCAACAAUCGCUUCCCGAUCUUCAUUUUUUUGGUAGUCCUUCUAUGA